GAAAUAUAUCCUCACCCCUCAGUCCCUAGUUACCGUUGCAAAACGGCCACCUCCUCCUCCCCCCUGUUCCUGAAAGCAGAAUUUCAAGAACAAGAACACCAUUUCAAGAACCACCCUCACUCGCACCCAAGACUCCAUGCAAAUUUCAUUCAACCUAACCCAAAACAGAAGAAAAAGAAGCAUCAGCAGCAUAACUUACUAAUAAUGGCAACGCUGGCACCUGGAAUCCUCCAGAAGCUUCUAGAAGGCCUGAAAACAGGCGAAAAGCCGACGAGCGAGCACCGUAGCUCCCUCCUACAAAUAACCGACAUAGUCCCUGCGGAGCUCGACGAGAAGAGCCUCUUCCCCAAACACGGCUUCUACAUCAAGCUGUCCGAUUCCUCGCACUCCAUCUACGCCGCACUCCCUUCUGACCAACACGACUUCGUUUUGAGCAACAAGAUGCAGCUCGGCCAGUUCAUCUACGUUGACAGGCUGGAACCCGGUUCGCCCGUUCCCAUCGUUCUGGGCGCCAAACCGCUUCCUGGAAGACACCCUCUUGUAGGCACUCCUGAGCCUUUGAUGGGUUUAAGAGAGAGGGGUUCGCACAGAAAGGAAAAUUCCGCUUCUGUCCCUAGACGAGGCUCUUGGGAAACUUUGUCCUCUCCCAUGGUUGUUAAGCCUGUGAACUUGGAUUUUGACCAGUGUACCCCUGUUAAGGGAUCUGUGGUCAGGAGUGUCAGUUCUUUUAUCUCGCCGUUGGUUAGAGUCAGGGCUGGUGGUGGUGGUGGCGCUACGCCGGCUUCCGGUGUGAGGAGUUCGGUUGGUGGAGGGGUUCUUACGGCUAGAAUGAUGGAUUCUAAGGGAGAAAGAGAAAAAGAGAGUCCUGGUUCCUUAAUUAGGAAAAGCUGUGUGGUGGGAACUUCUGCUACCAAGGUUUUGAGAAGCAGAAGUGUCUGUGAACGAGAGCCUAGGGUUCCUAUUAUUCCCUUCAAGCUAGCUGAAAAGAAAAGCACUACUCCACCACCGAGGUUGAGGAAUGCAAGGGCGGUAUGUACCCCAAGUGUUGCCGGAGAUUCACAGAGCCAGGACUCAUCAAAUUCGUCAAACAAGGCUUCUAAGCCGUUGUCUAAGUCUACAACUAAUAAUUCAGCUUUUGAUAACUCCAUUGGCCUUAGCCUUCCCAUGAAUUUACCAGGAAAGCUGAGCUCACUAGGGAAGGAAGCUGUGCAGCAAAGAGAAGUGGCGCAAAAGAUUGCCCUUCAAGCAUCUUUGCUCUUUCUCUACUAA